AUAUAAGCUUAAAGAGGCUUAAUAAUUAUAAGUUAAGUAGUUAGAUGGGUGGUGUACAGCAUCCUUAUAGUUAAAAAACGUUUUUAUCCUUUUGUCCAGAUCGUCCCCCGUAGUGGUUACUCCAACUUGAGUGGCCAAUUACGGGGGUACGAUUAGUUGCCGUACUCGUUUUGGUUAGAGGAGGCCAAGUUCUCCAUUUCCGCCUGCAGUGGCCUUGUCAGCAUUAAUAUGGGCCGUUAUACCGGCCUGGUGCUGUAUAAACUGCAUCGCCAAUAUCCAUGGUUCGUCUCUGCAAGGCAUAGGUGCCUAAGUAAUAGCCACAUUGCAAACAGAAACAUGAAGACACACUCGCAAGAACUCAAGACCGGAUGGUCCAUGAAAGAGCAUGGCCCCGAAGAAACCACAGGCCCAUGGCUUGCUGUAAAACAAGUCCCAAGCGAGGUUCAUCUUGAUCUUUUCGCAAACAAAAAAAUCCCCGACCCAUUCCUCGACACCAACGAACUCGCCGUGCAAUGGAUCGGCGAGAAAGACUGGGUGUACAAAACGACAUUCACGACACCGCAGGGAUCCCAAGAGCAUGGGGUGACGACCGCGCUUGUGUUUCGGGGCCUCGACACAUUCACCACGAUCUCCCUCAAUGGAACGACCAUCCUCACCACGGAGAACAUGCACACGACCUACCGUGUUGACAUCUCGACCUUGCUCCUCCCAUUCACGCCAAAGGAGGAAACCGCAGAGAAAAGCAGCGCACUCAAUGCCCUCGUCAUAACCUUCCACUCUGCGCUCCUCCGCGGGCGCGAGCUCGUCGACACCCACCCGGAGCAUACAUUCCACGUCCGCCAGACAGAGGCAGGUCGGGUCCCCGUCCGCAAGGCGCAGUACCACUGGGGCUGGGACUGGGGUCCGAUCUUGAUGACCGCGGGGCCGUGGAGACCGAUCGUGCUGGAGACGUAUGUGGCGAGGGUUGAAGAUGUUUGGGCGGAGUAUCGCCUUAGCGAUGAUUUGAAGACUUGUGAGGGAGAGAUUUGUGCCAAGGUCGAGGGGUGUGCAGGGCAGUGGGUUGUUUUUUCUCUUCGACGGCAGGGAGGAGGUGAAGACGGAGAAGUUGUGAGAGAGAAGGUGCGCGUGGAAUCCACCGACGACUCGGAGGGAAUAGCUACAGUGAAGGUCCCAUUCACCCUGCAUUCACCAGCUCUCUGGUAUCCCCACGGCUACGGCUCUCAAUCACGGUACAUUCUCUCCGCAGAGCUCCUCGACUCAGACGACAAAUCUCUCGACCAACGCGCAAAGCUCAUCGGCUUCCGCCGCGCAGCCCUAAUCCAGGACACGGACGCCUUUGGCAAAUCCUUCUACUUCCGCGUCAACAAUAUCGACAUUUUCGCCGGCGGCUCAUGCUGGAUCCCACCCGACAGUUUCCUCAGCCGGAUGACUCGAGAGCGGUACAGCGAAUGGAUGAAACUGCUCGUCGAGUCGAGCCAGGUGAUGAUCCGGGUAUGGGGAGGUGGAAUCUACGAGGACGACGCGUUUCUCGAUGCGGCUGACGAACUCGGGACCCUUGUCUGGCACGAUUUUGCGUUUGCGUGCGCGAGCUAUCCUGUCUUUGAUGGGUUCCUGGCUUCGGUUGAGGUCGAGGUCAGGCAGAACCUGCGGCGGUUCAGGGGGCAUCCGUCGGUCGUGGUUUGGGCGGGGAAUAACGAAGAUUAUCAGGUUCAGGAGCGGUAUAAGUUGGAAUACGACCCCGAGGACACGGAUCCAGAGUCGUGGCGUCGGUCCACGUUUCCUGCGAGGUAUAUCUAUGAGCAUCUCCUGCCGAAGUGGGUCAGCGAGGAAGACCCGAAUGUACUCUACCACCCUGGAAGCCCAUGGGGCGACGGGAAACAAACCUCGGAUCCAACCGUCGGCGACAUCCACCAGUGGAACAUCUGGCACGGCCAAAUGAUCCCCUACCAGCGCGCCGCGUCACUAUCCGGUCGCUUCGUCAGCGAGUUCGGCAUGGAGGCGUAUCCGCACCUUUCAACAAUCCGCCGGUUCGUCACGGACCCCUCCCAGAGGCAUCCGGGGUCUAUGACGUUGGACUUUCACAACAAAGCUGCCGGACACGCCCGCCGACUGGCAACCUACCUCUCCGAGAACCUUCUCGUCCCCGCGGACCUCGCCUCGUACACGCACGCCACGCAGAUCCUCCAGGCAGAGACAAUGCGAUACGCAUAUAAAUCAUGGAGACGCAUGUGGGGAGUGUCCGGGGCAAGGCAGUGCGGCGCAGUCCUGGUUUGGCAGUUGAAUGACGCGUGGCCGGGGGUGUCGUGGUCUGUUGUCGAUUACUACGGUGUGCGGAAGCCGGCGUUCUAUGCGGUCAAGCGGGCGUUGACGGCGGUGGAUGUUGGUGUUUCAAGGGAGGCGAACGGGGAUUGGACGGAGGGGCAUGUGGAUCCCUUUGAGGUCCUUGGUGGAAGGGGGUGUUUGUUUGAUAUUUGGGUUACGAGUAGUCGGCUUGGGAGGGUUGAGGUUGAGGUUGUGGUGCGGUUUAUAUCUGUUGCGUCGGGAGAGGAGGUUGCGGAGGGGAUAACGAGCAGGGUGAUAGCCGACGCGAAUGCAACGACAGAGGUUCUGGCAGACCAGCGGAUUAAAGUUUGCACAGCAGGGGACUCACCAGACAAUCAUGACCCAUUCAUCAUCCACGCCGUGCUCCGGAGCAGUGACGGACGUAUUCUCGCAACCGAUACUGACUGGCCACAGCCGUUGAAAUACCUCGACUUUUCGAAUCGCAAUGUCAAGGUCGAGGUCUCACCGUUGGGUGAAUCCAUUACUGUCUCGGCCAAUCGCCCGGUCAAGGGGUUUGUGUUUGAGGAGCGGGAGAGGCUGACGUUCAGCGACAAUGGCUUCGACCUUGUGCCUGGCGAGGAGCGUGUUGUUACCGUAAGAAGGGAAUCUGGACAUAGCGAGGCGAUUCGAUGGACCUAUAUCGGUGAUGAGAGGAGGGGUACUCAAUCAUGUUAGCUGUAUGCUUGGUAUCGCCCACCCUAGUGAAGCAGCUAUAUCAACCCGUUUUAAUCAAGAAUAUGGUUGGGAAGCACGGGCCUAGCCACACGGGUCCCCAAUAGGUUCCCCAGUGAAGUCCUUAAUGAAAUGCCUUGUGAGAUCUUUUAUGUGAUCUUCAAUGAGUGGAAGAAUGAGAUGGUCAAUGAGAGGCUAAUGGGAUUGUUAAUGAGCUGGCCUGGUUCAAAGCUUUGGUACGCACGUACUUUCUAUGAGCAAGCAAGAUGGUGAAUGACACAGUAUAUGGAAAUGUGAGCAAGGUAGUGAAUAAUAUAGUGGAUAGGCCUGUGGGAGAACAGGGUGAACGAGACGCUUUGCGAGCCACUUCUUUAUAAAAUGCGAAUAAG